GCAAGAUGGAGUUUCUGAGCGACCCCAGUUCCGACUCCAGUCGAUCCCUGACGCCCCCACAAGCACGUCUUCCACUCAGCUCGAGCCUCAGUGAAAUGGCUGCGGGUUCAAGCUCGGCGGAGGAGACGUGGGUUCACAAGCGCAACAUUGACAUCUCCGUUUCCCAAGCUCCCGUUUCCUGCACUAUGAACAAAGACAGCUGCUACACGUACGUGCACAUGCACAAACCGCAUCAUGCGGACCUGUUUGAGGAUUUCUGCAGGGACAAGCUCCCCGCCGACGACAUCUAUGUGCCGCCCAACUUGCAGCCUAUCAAUCCCGAGGAGGAGGAUGACGUGGUCCCCGACCAGCACGCCGCCUAUGGGGUCCAAAAGGCUACGCAGAAGGCGAAGGAGCCCGCAUGGAGAGACCUCGGGCUGGCAGAGCUCAUGGCUCGUGGUCCGAAGCCUGGCGCGUCGAAGGGCCGCGCUGGGGGUAGGCGGAAGGUGCCGGGAAGCGACUUUAAGGGUUUGCCGCGCUGAUUGACGACACCGCUCGUCGAUUUGUCGCACUGCAUUGCAUUGCUAGGUGCUGGCUGGGGGAUCCGGGGCUACUAUGAGCGGUCUCAGAGGCGUUUAUUAGGAGUUGAUGGAAUGGCGCAUGGGGGCAAACGGUCAACGUAGAAAUAU